AUGACCAUUUCGCUGUUGAUGGGCUUCCGCAGCCAUCUACUUCAAGGCACUUUCGACGGGAGGGCAGUAGCCUACGAGUCGAGGCUUCGCCGUCCGUCGUGCAUCAGCCAGUACCACGCAGAAUCUGGUGUUCAUUUUUCCGAGAUCGAAAGCACUGCCGGGGAGAUUGGGCAACGUCCUGCACCAGCCGUUGCUCCCUCAGAGAUGAGAGAUGAUCAGCGUUGGCAGAACAUGCUCAAAGCGAUGGAGGGGCAUUCCGAGAAUGUUGAAGAACAGCACCUUGACAAGUCUGGCGCCUAUCCGCAAAUCAGUCCUGGCAUCAGCGAGUUACUACGCACGAGCACAUCGCCAGUCUCAAGCAUGAAAAUGGGGGAGGGGCAUGAGGCGAUAUAUGACGGCGACUCAAUGAGCAACGAUUCCGAAAGCACAAAGCCAGAAAUGAGAGACAAAGUUAUCUACGGACCCAGAUUCGAUUAUCCACCUAUGAGUACUUCUUCUGACACCCGACAGCCCGAUUCCCGCCAAGAAUCGAGCGAGGCAGAUGACCAGGCGCUUGCAGCUAUCGGAAAUAUAUCGCAAAGCUACCAUACGUCGGAUUUUUCCGGCUCUUCAAUGCGGUCAUCACCUCCCCAGCAGCUUGCAACGGAUGCGAACUCGCCUCUCCGUGCUUUCCCGGAAGAAAAUGACCUCGAUGACCAGCCUACGGAUGAAGAGCCACGCAUUAUCAUCCGCGAUCAUUCAUCUGACGAAGACUUAGGCAACUUUGCACCCCAUGUUCGAAGCUUGGGAAGGGAUCACGAGAUCCGGGACGGCCGAUUGACCAGCGAGACGAAGUUGGACCUCGACAGCACUGCACAGCCUGACGAACUUCAGAAGCCUAUGUUUGCGUUUCAGAUCAUCCAGCCGGAAGGGAAUGAACCUCCGCUAGUGGUUGACAAGGCGCAAAGGGAAGCAGAAGAGGAGACUGCAUGGAUGAACUUCAUAUUUGACGGUGACAUCGACGAUGCUGAAAAGGCUGCAUUUCAAGAGGCGGCGCAAGAGGCGGCGCGAGUCAUACGGCCUUCCAGCAGUGUUUCCGAGACCCCGAUUGAUAAUUCAACCACUUCGUGCUCAAAUCACUAUGCGGAGACAGUGGCGACCUGUGGCACGUCGAUCUUCCGGGGAGCAAACGGCAAUGUUUUCUCCUCGAGGUUCUCUCCCGAUCCACACUUCGGCCAUCCUGCCAAAAGGACCCCGUUUCCUCCAAAGUUCUCCUCAGAUCCUGACCUGAAACUUUCGAGUGCUGUUGCGGAAAGGAAGCAUCAGACAUAUCACGAUCACUCAGAGACUUACCGACACAGUAUUCCAGAUGACGAGACAUCAAUGAGAGGAGCUUCAUCACAGCCCGGUUACUCUUCACGCACCACCAUUGACAACAUGACUGAUGGCGCUGCUUCGCAACUAACCAUAGACAAUGCCUCAAUUAUCGCCCAAGCCCCUCAAUCAGAGGCGAGCGAGGAAGCUGCUUUCACAUUUACACAGCCCAAGAAUUUCAUUGGCAGUCGAGUUACCUCAGCAGUCCCAAUGUUGAUGACAUUGCGCAGCACCAAGUCAGGUGCACCAAAGAAACCCAGCAAAGGACGCAAGAAAGGGGGCCAUCAGCCGCAGGCAAAGAGAUCUCAACUCCACAAAGAUGGCAGCGCUUUCAUUCGGGCUCUUCCCAACUACAACGAUGAUCCAAUUGAUGGUUCAGAUGAUUAA